AUGGAGUAUCUAAAUAAUUGUCAGUCUUAUGUUGGGGGUACUGGACUUGCAGCUAACAGUCCCCUUUACAGAAAAUUUUUAUCAAAAUACAUUUUUGCUCCGCUCGGGUUGCUCCUGCUUGCUUUCUCAGCUUACAAAUUUUGGGAUACAAAUAACGAUAUUUUUCUCAUUAUGGAAGUCUUGGAAUCUAUAUCAACUUUAACUCAACUAAUGAUACGAAAAUAUCUGAUUUUCGUUCAUAGCAACCUAAUAUUGGAAAUUUUCAAUGAUUGUUAUAACCUUUGGCCCUUUGACCUGUUUGGACCAGAGCUUGAAAAAAAAUUCAAAAAACAAAUGAAAAACUGUUGGACUCUGGCUCAAUUUCUUAUUACUUGUGGUUUCGUAACCAUCUUUAUUACUUGUGUAAGUGCCCUCACCGAUGAGGAAAAGUCACUACCGUUCAUUUGCUGGGUACCGAAUCUUCCUUACGCUACCGAACUGAUUUUUUUGUCACAAUAUAUCCUUUUAACGAUUGUUUUAUACUACAUUUUACUCACAGACGGAUUCUAUCUUUUGGUUUGUAUGGAUAUAAAAAUUCAGUAUAAAAUGAUGAGAAAAAUGUUAAAGUCGAUCAAAUUUAGAAUAAUUUCAGAAAAGGAAAGUUGGGAGAAGUUGGUGGAGUUGGCAAAACAUCACAAUAAGAUGUUAAUGCUUCAUAAAAAAUUGAAUAAAGUGUUUUCGAAAUAUUUUUUAGUGCAAUAUGCUAUGUCGGUUUCUGCAAUAACGGUUCAAGCAUACACCUUAAAGUACAGUCAAGUCACUAUCGAAAUAGAAAUAAAAAGCAUUUUCUACACAGUUUCAAUCUUGUUUCAAGUCGCUCUUUAUUUUUUUCCUGCCAGUAAUGUGGAAAUUGAAGCUGAAAAACUGUCAACAGCAAUUUAUUUUCUAAACUGGCAAGACUACGGAAACGUAAAAAUUAGACAUCACAUUCUUUUCAUGCUUUUAAAAUCACAACAAAAAUUGGAAAUGAGAGGCGGAGGCAUGUUGCAUAUAAAUCGAAACGAAUAUCUUAUGAUGUUUCGUCUCGCAUUAACAAUUGCUACUCUUUUGGGCAAUUUGAACUAA